CUUCCAGUUGCCAUGUCCAGUGCCUCUCCUCCGGCCACUAAAAAAUCAGUUUACGAAGGGAGCACUCAAUUCAAGAACUGGAGAUAUUCUCCUGAAAAGCUUGCUCAUGUACGUUCGACGUUGAACCAAGCAGCCGUUGCUGUUAUUAAACGGACAUUCGAGGCCUAUGAGCCAGGCUCAUCUGCGAAUGUACUUUUUCUAACUGCAGACGAGGAGCAUCUCCUGGUCAAGCACUAUAUUGCUACUAUAACACAAUUAUGCAGUCUCUUUCGUUUUCCUGAAGAGGUUGAAGCUACAGCUAUCAGCUACUUCAAGCGCUUUUACCUCAAGAACACGGUCAUGGAUUGGCACCCAAAAAAUGUCAUGUUAACAACUCUGUUUCUGGCCACCAAGACGACGAACAACCCGAUUUCCCUAGAGACUUACACAACACACAUCAAAAGCACCACCGCAUCUGACGUUCUGGACCUUGAAUUUCUUGUCGCGCAAAGCCUUGGCUUUGAGUUUUCUGUAUGGCACGCUCAUAGAGCACUGUGGGGUGUAUGGCUGGACUUCCAAAGCCUUCCUGAUACAGCGGCAGACUGGCCUCAAGCCCAUCGAGAUGCCUAUGAAACUGCGUUGGGCUAUGUUAGAGCUUCGCGAUUGACGGACGUUGAAUUCAUCUUCACGCCUUCUCAAAUAGCUCUCGCUGCCGUGUCUCUCACUCUCCCGGAAGAAUCGUACAAAUGGCUGAAAUCGAAAUAUCCUUCAUACAAUGCCGUCGAGACCACGGUCAAUAAAAUAAAGACUAUUAUUCAGAGCUUGAGUCGGCCACCUGACGUGGAGUCUGUGCGUGAAGUUGAUCGGCGGCUCCGAUUAUGCAAAAACCCAGAGAAGAUAGUAGGAAGCAAAGCAUAUCUAGCUAGGAAGGCGGAGCAAGAAAAGAAAGCAGAAGAGAAGAGAAAUAGGAAAGCAGUGGAAGCGGGGGAGGAUGAUCCAUUUGGUUUUGAACUGGGCAGGUCAACAAUUGUGGACGAUGAUGACGAUGAUGACGAUGACGACAAUUGAUGACAAUUUUAUUGUACUCACAAGCUACUGUAACUGUUAUAAUCUAUGCAUUUCUUGCUACAA